AUGACGGCCAACACCGGGGAAGCCAACGUGCGCCGGCGGCGGCGGGAUUCCCUGGGCGCCGAUGACAGCCAAACCUCCAAUUCCCUCGUGAACGCCGCAAAGAGUGUGGAGGGCAAGAUAGAAGACACGCUGCUCUGGGCUUGGGAUGAGCUUCCUGACUGGCGCAAGGACAAUGCCUUCAUCCACACCGGCUACCGGCCCACCAGCAACAGCUACCGCCUCUCCUUCGGCAGCAUAUUCUCCAUCCACAACGAAACCGUCAACGUGUGGACUCAUCUCCUGGGCGCUAUAAUCUUCUCGGCCCUGGGCGCCAUAGCCUACUCCUUCUACGAGGCUGUCAUCGCACCGCGUUAUGCAACCGCGAAAUGGGAGGACUGGCUGGUCUUUGGCUGCUUCUUCGCCGGCGCAUUCAUGUGUCUGGGCAUGAGCGCGACCUACCACGCCCUCUGCAACCACUCCCCGGAGGUGGCCAAGUGGGGCAACAAGCUCGACUACACGGGCAUUGUGUGUCUGAUCAUGGGGAGCUACAUGCCCGCAAUGUAUUACGGCUUCUACUGCUUGCCCAGGCUGUUGGAGAUCUAUCUUGCUCUGAUAUGGGCACUCGGCCUGGGUUGUCUUACGGUCUCAUGGUUCGAGCACUUCCGGACGCCAGAGUGGCGGCCAUACCGCGCCAUGAUGUUUGUGGGCUUGGGUGCCUCCGGCGUGGUCCCCGUUAUCCAUGGUCUGAAGAUAUACGGAUAUAAAGACCUCAACGAGCGCAUGGGGCUUGCGUGGGUCUUGCUGCAGGGCUUCCUAUACAUCUCGGGAGCUUUCAUUUACGCCAUGCGAUGGCCGGAGCGGAGCUGGCCCAAGACGUUUGAUAUUUGGGGCUCCUCCCACCAGAUCUUCCAUGUCCUCAUCGUCCUAGCUGCUGCGGCGCAUCUCUACGGGAUGACAAAGGCGUUUGAUUACCAUCACGGACCGUUCGGGGCGAGAUGUUAG